UUCAAGUAAAUCGGGUAUCAACAAUAAUAUUAAAUGCAUGGUCACCCUACAUCCUCGCAUUAGUUUUCUGUGCUAACGUUCAAGGUGUCACUAACGAACGAGUUACAUUGUGUCACCUUGUCUCUACCAGUGUUUAGUGCCAUGACACCAUCGUGGCACUUAGGUUUAGUGUCAAGUGAGAUAGUGCUGUGAUUGGGUACAAAUUUGAUUUUAACGACAUUGAAUAUUGAAUAGGUGGUUUUUCUACAAACGGUUUCAUAUAAUUCCAUAUUUCUCUUAGUCUCGCUAUUAGGUAUAACGAUGAAGACUUUACUGAUUACCUUCACACUCUUGUUUUCUAAUACUUUAUAGAAUUAUCUUAUUCGCCAACAAAACGCGUUAACUUUGGUCACAAAACGCCGCGUCAGCUCAUGAUUAUGAUUAUAGACUCCGGUUGGGUAGAAAACUAGUCGGCGAUCUCGAUAAAUACUCGUGAUAAUCUAAUCCAUUUCGUCCCUACUCUACGCUUUACCAUGAUAGAGAUAAGAAGAUGCUUAGUGGCGAUUAUAUUUAUUAAAACCCUAGAGAAAAUAACGUUAAUUGCGAUCACCUAAUUAAAGUAAUUGCACCAAUGUUUUAAGAAUUGAGGGUGUUUUAAACCAUGUCAGAGUGCCACGGUUCCACAACCUUAAUUUACUAGACGUGGUCGUACAAAAAACCCUACGAUAAAAACGAAGAAAGAAAGCGUACUUAAAGAUAUAAAUAGUCAAUCUACAUUAUUUAUUAUUCAGUUAUAGAUAAAGCAUUUUAUUAUCACUUCUAAAUGCAAUAACAUUAUGAUCUCAUCUCAAAUAAACAGUCUGUUAGAUAAAUGUGAAUUGAUCGUAAAAAUGUUAUUUGGUUUACGGCUAAAAUGACUUUGAGUGAUGUCUUACAGCGAUAAAACUGAUUAGAUUUUUGCAGUUCAGUCAGUAAAAAACAUCGAAAUAGUAUUCAGAAACUUUUUUCAAAAUCAAGUAGAGUCGCUCGGCCCAAGCUAUGAUUGUAAAUUGUAACUGAUUUAUGUAAACUAGAAGCAAAAUAAGGGAACAGGUAGUAAAUUGAGGUUAUUUUGUAUUUUAACUAACUGAGACUUGCGUUUUCUCUCGAAAUUUUAGUGAUUUAUUUAAGAAAAUAGUGAUUUCGAUCUUAUCUUUCUGAGAUUAUAGCAUUUAACUCAGACAAAAUAACAUAGAAAGAAACCCUCUUCCGCUUAAACCUUUCCCCUUGGUAGGUUUAAAAUUGAAAUUUUUUAGUAUACCAAUGUUUUAAAAAUUAUGUUUCAUAGAUGUUGAAUUUCUUUUAAAGAAUACAUUAACAGCUAUCUUCUAAUGCAUUUAUCUAGAGAUGAGUUAAGUGAUGAACUAAGUUCUAGACUGUGAGUGAGUCUUAAAAUGCUGAUAGACUUCAGCCUGAUCGGAGCGUCAAUACUCAUCACGAGGUACAGCGGGUUCCGGCGAAGGGCGGACGCGAGCACCGCAUUUCUGCGGGCUGCGCGCGCAGGCCAGAUCGAGAAAAUUAUAAGCCUUCUGGAGCAAGGCGUCGACAUCAAUGUUAGCAAUGCUAACGGACUAAACGCCAUCCAUCUAGCAUCCAAGGAUGGCCACGUGGAGGUGGUUCGUGAACUCUUGGACAGAGGAGCAGCAAUCGAUGCCGCCACCAAAAAAGGCAACACAGCGCUGCAUAUCGCAUCGCUAGCUGGGCAGGAGACGGUUGUCAAACUACUUGUCCAGAAUAGUGCACAGGUCAACAUACAGUCGCAGAAUGGCUUCACGCCGCUGUACAUGGCUGCCCAGGAGAAUCACGAUGGAGUCGUGAAGUUUCUCCUGGCCAAUGGAGCGAACCAGAGUCUUGCUACUGAGGAUGGGUUCACUCCUUUAGCAGUGGCGAUGCAACAAGGACAUGAGAAGGUGGUAGCAGUUCUUCUGGAGGCAGACACGCGCGGCAGAGUACGUCUGCCAGCACUACACAUCGCAGCCAAGAAGGAUGAUGUUAAGGCUGCUAAUUUGUUACUUGAGAAUGAACACAACCCCGAUGUGACGUCGAAGUCGGGCUUCACACCGCUGCACAUAGCUGCCCACUAUGGCAACGAGGCGGUCGCCAGACUCCUGCUGGCCAAAGGAGCCGAUGUCAACUGUGCAGCCAAGCACAACAUCUGCCCGCUACAUGUGGCUGCUAAGUGGGGCAAAGAAAACAUGGUGGCCUUACUAUGUGAGAACGGUGCUAACGUAGAAGCGCGCACUCGGGACGGGCUGACGCCGCUGCACUGCGCCGCGCGCUCCGGUCACGAGAGAGUCGUCGAGGUGCUGCUGGAUAGAGGAGCACCUAUUACUAGCAAGAGUAAGAACGGUCUAGCCCCACUCCACAUGGCAGCUCAAGGUGACCAUGCGGAAGCAGCUCGCGUGCUGCUCUCCCGCCGCGCGCCUGUUGAUGACGUCACCGUAGACUACCUCACAGCUCUGCAUGUGGCCGCGCAUUGUGGACAUGCCAAAGUCGCUAAGCUGUUGUUGGACAGGAAUGCCGAUGCUAACGCUCGCGCACUCAACGGAUUUACUCCUCUGCACAUCGCGUGCAAGAAGAACAGAAUUAAGGUGGUGGAACUGCUCCUUAAAUAUGGCGCAAGUAUCCAAGCCACUACAGAAUCAGGACUGACCCCACUUCACGUGGCUGCGUUCAUGGGUUGCAUGAACAUCGUGAUAUACCUGCUCCAGCAUGAAGCCAACCCUGACGUGCCGACUGUCAGGGGAGAGACGCCUUUGCAUCUAGCUGCUAGGGCUAAUCAGACUGAUAUCAUUCGCAUCCUACUCCGCAAUGGUGCAGCUGUAGAAGCCAAAGCCAGGGAGCGACAGACGCCCCUACACAUUGCCUCUAGACUUGGAAACGUGGACAUUGCUGUGUUACUGCUACAACAUGGCGCGGAUGUCAGAGCCAUGACAGCUGAUCAUUAUAACCCACUGCAUAUAGCUGCGAAACAACAUAACCAUGACGUUGCUGCAGCAUUAAUAGAACACAACGCACCUCUAACGGCAACCACAAAGAAAGGUUUCACUGCUUUGCACUUAGCCGCAAAAUAUGGAAACUUGAAGGUGGCAAAUCUCUUGCUUGCUCACGGUGCAUCACCGGACCAAGCUGGCAAGAAUGGAAUGACUCCACUCCACAUUGCUGCCCAAUAUGAUCAACAAGCUGUAGCUACCACACUCUUGGAGAAAGGAGCUGAUGCUAAGGCAAUAGCCAAGAACGGGCAUACUCCCCUCCACAUAGCCGCUCGUAAGAAUCAGAUGGAGACAGCGGCUACUCUGUUGGAGUACGGAGCGCUGACCAAUGCUGAGUCCAAGGCUGGAUUCACGCCAUUGCAUCUUGCAGCUCAGCAGGGUCACGCAGAAAUGUGCUCUUUACUCUUGGAGCAUGGUGCUGAAGUAGACCAGCAGGCCCGGAAUGGUCUGGCUGGUCUUCAUUUGGCUGCACAGGAAGACAGGGUGCCUGUUGCACAGCUGCUUGUCAAGAAUGGGGCUGAGGUGGAUAUUUGCACUAAAGGCGGUUACACACCGCUGCACAUCGCCAGUCACUACGGCCAGGCUAAUAUGGUGCGCUACUUGCUCGAGAGCGGCGCUUCAGUUAAAGCUCAGACUACACACGGAUACACAGCACUACAUCACGCCGCUCAGCAAGGCCACAUCAACAUUGUGAACAUUCUUCUGGAGCACAAGUCUGAUGCUAAUGCUACGACUACGAACGGCCAAACGCCUCUAGACAUCGCAUCCAAGCUUGGCUACGUCACCGUCAUGGAAACCCUGAAGGAAGUGUCGGAGCCGUCGAUGGCCCAGGCUUCCCAGGAUAAGUACAAGGUGGUGGCUCCGGAAACCAUGCUGGAGACCUUUAUGUCAGACUCCGAAGAGGAAGGAGAUAUUUCAGGAGAAGACACAAUCCUGAACGACCAGCCUUACCGCUACCUGACUGCUGAUGAUAUGAAGUCUCUGGGAGACGACUCCUUGCCUAUUGACGUCACCAAGGACGAGAGGACCGAGUCUGCUAUGAGUCAUAAGAAUAUCAUGGAAUUGUCUCAAGGCUCCGUCAACGGCAUGCCGUAUCAGCCUCAGCAAGAGGUGGUGGUGAAGAGCAUCAGCCGCUACAGCACUGCGCAGGCGCCGGAGGGGUACUGUUACAACGUGGACCCCACUCAGCCCAAGAAAAAACUACAAUGGAAGAACUUCCUGGUAUCUUUCCUGGUGGACGCCCGGGGCGGGGCAAUGCGUGGGUGUCGCGGUGGAGGUGUGCGUGUUAUAGUGCCGCCGCUGUCCGCGCAGCAGCCUACUAGGAUCACUUGCAGAUACCUAAAACCUUCCCGCAUCAAUCACAUGCCUCCGCUGAUGGAGGGAGAGGCCCUCGCGGCCAGGGUCCUGGAGAUGGGACCAGUUGCUGCAAAAUUCUUAGGGCCAGUGAUCCUCGAAGUGCCCCACUACGCAUCACUCCGUGGUAAAGAGCGAGAGAUCGUGAUCCUGAGAUCAGACAACGGAACCAGUUGGAGGGAACACAACGCUGACGCAACUGAUGAUGUCGUGCAAGACAUCCUGCAUGAAACUCUUGAAAUUGAAGAGACGAACGAAGAUGAGAAGGGUUGGGACAACCCUCGCGUGACCAGAAUCCUGACGCACGACUUCCCGCAGUACUUUGCCGUGAUCUCCCGUAUUCGACAGGAGGUGCAUGCUAUUGGACCCGAAGGCGGCAUGGUAUCCAGCUCCGUGGUCCCUCAGGUACAAGCGGUCUUCCCCCAGGGAGCCCUCACCAAGAAGAUCAAAGUCGGCCUACAGGCUCAAAUAAUUGAUUCGGAACUAACUGCUAAACUCCUUGGUCGUGGAGUAGCAGUUUCUCCAGUUGUGACGGUGGAACCGAGAAGGAGGAAGUUCCACAAAGCGAUCACUCUGAGUAUGCCAGCCCCGAGACCGCAUACCCAGGGUAUGACGAACCAGUACAGUACGUCAUCAGCCCCAACAUUGAGACUACUUUGCUCCAUAUCAGGGGUAUUUCGCAAAAGAUCUCUCGAAGGUAAAAACAUUAGAAAUAUUAUACAAAAACAAAAUCAAAAUGUCGGUUUAAGUUAUCGUUCAAUUUUAUUUAACCGUUAUUUUGUCUGAUACUUUAAAACUUUCGUGUUUCUUUUAUUUCUCACAAAUCAUUGUUUUUGAGAUACUUAUGCUCCCAAUCUAAUAUGUUGGAGUGUAAAUAUCAGAUACAUUGUUUUUUCCUCUAUCACUUUUUGAAUGCUUUUCCAUAUCUUGCUUUUCAUACAUUCUUCCUCUAUGCACGGGCUGAAAUUUUUACGCUUUGUUAAGUCACAUUCACUCUGUAUCAUAACCAUAACGAAUCUUGGGACGUCAAGAGUUUGCACAGCGAUACGUUCACAGAAACAUGUCGGUUUAGAACAAUGUACAAACAAAACUAGAAAUAAAGGAACUGCAACUGUAUUGGCACAUUGUAUAUGAUUGGGACACGAUAAAGACCUGUUGU